AUGGAGGCACCAGCCCAGCUUCUCUGGAUACUAGUGCUUUGGAUUCAGGACUCCUAUGGCCAAAUUGUUCUGACUCAGACUCCAGAAUCCCUGUCAGUGUCUCUUGGACAGAGAGUCACCAUCAACUGCAAAGCCGGUACCAGCAUUAGCAACUACUUAGGCUGGUACCAACAGAAACCAGGACAAGCGCCUAAGCUCCUUAUCUCUGAUUCUACCAACCGUGUCUCUGGGAUCCCAGACCGGUUCAGCGGCAGUGGGUCUGGGACCGAUUUCACUCUCACAAUCAGCAGCGUUGAAGCUGAAGAUGCUGGAGAUUAUUACUGUCAGCAACGCCAGAGCUUCCCUCACACAGUGAUACAGACCAUUACAAAAACCUCCCUACCUGUCAAGAUGCUCUCGCAGGCCCAGCUUCUCUGGAUACUAGUGCUUUGGAUUCAGGAGUCCUGUGGCCAAACUGUUUUGACUCAGACUCCAGAAUCCCUGGCAGUGUCUCCUGGACAGAGAGUCACCAUCAGCUGCAAAGCCAGUACCAGCAUUAGCAACAACUUAGACUGGUACCAACAGAAACCAGGACAAGCCCCUAAGCUCCUUAUCUAUGAUUCUACCAACCGUGUCUCUGGAACCCCAGCCCGGUUCAGCGGCAGUGGGUCUGGGGCUGAUUUCACUCUCACAAUCAGCAGUGUUGAAGUGCAAGACGCUGGAGAUUAUUACUGUCAACAACGCAACAGCUACCCUAUCACGGUGAUACAGACCAUUACAAAAACCUCCCUGCGCACAGAGCACGCAGGUGCUUGUUUGUCACAGCUGUGA